AUGAAGCUCUUCGCCGUUGCUUUGGCCUCAUUAGGCCUCGUCUCUGCCGCCACCGUCCCGAAGAAGGUCAGCUACGCCAACUGGAAAGUCUACCGCGUCAAUGUCGGCGAGGACAAUGCGAAGCUCAGCAGCGUUGUGGACAGUCUCAAGCUGCAGACAUGGAAGGGCAAGGUCGCGACUAGCAAGGUCGUCGACGUGAUGGUGCCUCCGAGUCAGAUUUCGGAAUUUGAGGCAUCUACCGAGGGCUUGAGCACCGAGGUUAUGCACGAAGACCUUGGGCUUUCCAUUUCCGAUGAAGAGACCUUCCAAGUUUAUGCCGCCGGAGCCGCACCCAACGCCACUUGGUUCGAUUCCUACCACAGCAUCGCGGACCACACGCAGUGGAUUAAGGACCUCGCUGCUGCUUAUCCUGACAAUGCGGAGGUCAUCUCAGCCGGCAAGUCCCUGGAGGGGCGUGACAUACCCGGUAUCCACAUCUGGGGAAGUGGCGGCAAAGGCUCGCAGAAGGGCGUUGUUUGGCACGGAACAGUGCAUGCGCGAGAAUGGAUUACUACCAUGGUUGUGGAAUAUGCCACAUAUCAACUCCUUACCUCCACGGACGCCGAUACGAAGGCUUUCAAGGACAAGUACGACUUCUACAUCUUCCCGAUCGUGAAUCCCGACGGCUUCGCCUACACUCAAUCGACUGAUCGCAUGUGGCGCAAGAACCGGCAAAGCACGACUUCGGCCAGCUGCGUCGGGCGUGAUAUCAACCGGAACUGGCCCAGCCAUUGGGAUCAGCGUGGCGGGGCCAGCACCUCGCCCUGCGCCGAGGACUACAAGGGUGGAAGCGCUGGAGAUGCGGUGGAGAACAAGGCACUGAAGGCUCAGCUUGACAGCAUCGCUGCGGGCAAGGGAGUACAGCUGUACAUGGACAUCCACUCCUAUUCACAGCUCUGGAUGUAUCCGUACGGAUACACUUGCUCCGGUACCGUUCCCGAGUCCGCGGCAUACCAGAGGCUCUCGCAAGGUGCUGUCGCCGCCGUCAAAGCGGUGCACGGAACCAGCUUCACGCAGGGUCCCAUUUGCUCCACGAUCUACCAGGUAUCCGGCGACUCGGUGGACUACGCUUAUGAGGUCGCGAAGGCGAACUAUUCGAUGACGGUUGAGUUGCGCGAUCAGGGCCGGAACGGCUUCAUUCUGCCUGCGGACCAAAUCCUACCUAGUGGUGAGGAGAUGUGGGCUGGGUUGGCGUACCUUUUGAAGAAUAUGUAG